AUGGAUGACAUAGAAGACAUUCCCUUAUCUCCUCCUCCUUUUGAAUAUGAACCUACUUCUUCAAUUGAAAUCAUUUCUGAAACAGAAACAGUUACAACCAACAGUUCUAACAGUUUAAAUAGAAAAAAACGAAAUACUGGUGCACGUCAAAAACCUUAUGCAUACAGCCGAAAAGGUGGAAACACAACAAAUCUUAUUGUCCAUUUGCGUGAUAAACACAAAAUCACAAAAGAAAAUUAUUUUCAGUUUUUAGAUAAUUCUAAUCAGCCCCGACGUGAUCAAACUCAAAUUAUAGGAUAUUUAAAAGCAGCAGCUCCAUGCUCACCAAAAUGA